UUCUCGAAUUCUCCAGUCUGUUUUAUGUUGUCCAUGUCCAACGCUGAAAUUACCUCGUGCUGAUUGACUCUGCGACAAUUCAUUACAAUUAAAAAAUUUUACAAAACAAGUUGUCUUUAAUAUUCAGAGGGUCAGUACAACCGAUAUUCAGGGAAAAAUGACGGCAUUGAGCAAAGUCGGCGAGCCAGGACGCACCCAGGCUCAUGGAAAAGCCUUCCAGGACAGAACAAAACCGAGGGACAUCCGCAGCAGCAACAUUGGGGCUGCCAAAGCCGUUUGUGAUGCGAUUCGUACUAGUUUGGGCCCCCGUGGAAUGGAUAAAAUGAUCCAAGCGGGAAAUGGAGAAGUCACAAUCACAAAUGAUGGUGCAACUAUUCUCCAACAAAUGAAUGUUAUCCAUCCGGCAGCUAAAAUGUUGGUAGAACUAUCAAAAGCCCAAGACUCUGAAGCAGGUGACGGAACAACAAGUGUAGUAGUGGUAGCAGGCUCUCUCCUAGAAGGAGCUGAGAUGUUGCUGCGAAAGGGAAUUCACCCAACAGCGAUUAGCGAGGCCUACCAGAAGGCCGCAGUGAAAGCCGUAGAGAUUCUCCUCUGGUCCAUGGCAAUUCCAGUUGACCUGAGCGACAGGGAGUCCCUCAUAAAAGCUGCAGCGACCUCCUUAAAUUCAAAAGUUGUAUUCCAACAGUCCUCUCUUCUCGCUCCCCUCGCGGUCGAUGCAGUCUUGAAGAUCACAGAGCCUGAAAAUGAAAAAUCUACAGACCUGAGUGACAUCAAGGUGAUUAAGCAGCUGGGGGGCACCGUCGAGGACACAGAGUUGAUCGAGGGCCUGGUCUUCACUCAGAAGUCCUGCAACGUCAACGGUCCCAAAAAAAUCGAGAAAGCGAAGAUCGGUCUCAUCCAAUUUUGCAUUUCACCCCCAAAAACCAAUAUGGAUCACAACGUCGUGGUGUCAGAUUACUCCGCAAUGGAUCGAGUCCUCAAGGAAGAACGUGCUUACAUUCUGAAUAUUGUCAAACAAAUCAAGAAGUCCGGCUGCAACGUUCUCCUUGUUCAGAAGUCAAUUCUUCGUGACGCAAUCAGUGACCUUGCCAUUCACUUCUUGGAUAAGAUCAAGGUCAUGGUGAUUAAGAAUGUCGAGCGUGAGGAUAUCUCCUUCGUCUGCAAGACUCUGGGUUGCAGGCCAAUUGCUUCUCUCGAUCAUUUCACAGCUGAGAAUCUAGUCUCUGCUGAACAUGUCGAAGAGGUGCAGACUGGGGCCUCAAAGUUCGUCCGAAUAACUGGCAUUCAAAAUCCCGGGCGCACUGUCACUGUUCUCGUUCGUGGCAGUAAUAAGCUCGUUCUGGAAGAAGCUGAACGCUCUCUCCACGAUGCCCUCUGCGUUAUUCGUUGUCUCGUCAAGCAGCAGGCGUUGAUCGCGGGUGGUGGAGCCCCUGAGAUUGAACUGGCACUGAAACUUUCAGCCUAUGCGCAAACUCUCGGGGGUGUCGAUGCUUACUGCAUCAAGGCAUUCGCCAAUGCCUUAGAGAUCAUUCCAUCGACACUUGCUGAGAAUGCAGGUCUCAAUCCCAUUGCUACGGUGACGGAACUGAGAAAUCGGCAUGCACAGGGUGAAGUCACUGCUGGAAUCAAUGUCAGAAAGGGGACCAUCACUAAUAUUCUGGAGGAGAAUGUCGUCCAGCCGUUGCUGGUGUCCACUAGCUGUAUCACUCUGGCUUCUGAAACUGUCAGGAGUAUACUGAAGAUCGAUGACAUUGUCAAUACACAGCAAUAAGUGAUAAUUUUUCCAUUUUUUUUCAUCUAUGGAAUACAUUCAUUUGUCCAAUCUUGGAAUUGUGAGAAAUCCAUGGGAUUUCCCGCUUCUUUCAACUGCUUUCAUACGAUAAAUAAAGUUAUUCAACAUUUA